GCACCACACACUCUUUGUCUAAGCGCCCGCCGGCCACCCGCAACGGCCUCAACCCAUCUAGAAGAUACAUUGGGAGACCCAGCUGCCGCCUAGCCAUCCUUGUCCGCUCCACCGGCCCAUAUGCGCCACGGCUGAUCUGUAAAUUCAAUAUAAUUAUACACCUACUGCCACUCUGCAGCUGCUUCUCCCGUUUCUUCUCACAACACCACAGUUAUAUCUUCUUUUUUUUUCUUGUCAAACUUGUGUGGGUGACGUCCAUUCAUAUUGAAGCUAGAAUCAAUACGAAGAGUGGAAAAGAAAAGCAAUAAAAGAAACAGGAAAGAUGCAGUUUCAGGGCCUGUUCGUUUUUCUAUCGGCUUUGACCGUUAUAACCGCCACACCUCUACACAGGCGUUGUGAGCCCCCAAUGCCCACAUUGCCCUUGACACCAAACCACAGUGUUACCUAUAUUCUGCCAAGUACUGGUGGUGCUACUGCCUUACCGUCGCCCGACACACCACUCAAGCACAUAGCCGUCGGCCAUGGUGUUCAGAAUUAUACUUGCACCACAGCCGGCGCUGCUGGUGCUGCCGCUGGUGCUCUCGCGGUUCUCUACGACAUCACGAGCCUCUACCCUGGCUCUACCCCCCCAGGCCUUUCAUCUACUAGCUGGGACAACUUGACAAGCAAGAUUCUGCGUACAACAAGUAUGCCCAUAGACACAAGCAACCCGUCGUCGCCAUUCCCACCAGACGCAGACCUCACUGUGGGCGGGAUCAUGAAGCCUAUUCCAUUCCUGGGCCACCACUACUUCGACGGCUCGGGCGUACCGACAUUCUCUCUCCACAACGAUGAUGAGCUCCUCAAAGCACAGAAGAUCCUUAACAUCCCGGCGCCUUCUACUGCCGACAAAGGUCUCUCCGAUGAGGGUGCUGUCGAUUGGCUUUACCUUAGCGACAAGGGCGGCAGCAUCGGCCUUACCAAGGUCUAUCGCGUGUUGACGUCUGGCGGCUCCCCAGCUGUUUGCGGCGCUGUUGGCGAUACUCAGAGCGUCCCCUAUACGGCUAUGUACUGGCUCUACUGAAGGGGACACAGAGGCUUAUAGUUCUAUUGACGACAACGUGAACUAAGAUCAAGGGGAUCAGAUGAAUGGAUGAAAAUUAAUUGAUAGGCAUUUGAUGGCGUUUGGACAGAGGAUACUGAUUUUUUCAUUUCUACAACUCAUUUCGAGUUGGAAUCAUCGCACUCACACAUACAUACACCAAUGCGCGCAUAAUCGCGAACCAACACAUACGACACGGCAAAAAGGGGUGCCUGACUACAUACCUCAUGGUUUCACUUCUACACAUUCAUUCCCAUCACGCAUGGCUAUGCGGAUAGAUAAAGGUCGGCCUGCAGUUUUUUUUUUUAUUCAUUCACUUUCGGAAAAGGCUUUAGGUUGUGCGGUUACAACCUAGCAGGCUGGUCGGAUAUACCCUGGGUAACCCUUCUACCC